GUUCUUGAAAAUCUCAACUUUUCAUCGAGAUUGGGGAGGGAAGAUCUGGAAAUCGAAGAAAGAGACGAGCAGUUAUAGAACUUCGAGAGGAGAAUCGGAAGUGCCGUUCCAGAGCGCCAUUGCGUGCCUUCAACUGAAACAGCUGAUCCGAUACAAUUCCUUUGCUCCGCGGUAAAUUGAAGAUUCCCGUCGGAUUUGCUUGGCAUUUCGGGUUUCCGAUUACUCCGUUGAAUUACUUGAAUUUCAGGAAGAAUUAGGUUGAAAGAUCGAAAUGCUCUAUGAACAUCUGAAACCACCAAAUCUUUUUGGAUCGCAUUUUAUGAUUCUUUUCAGAUGCUGAGACAAACAGUUGGAAGCCAUUAGUUGGAUCAUGAAGUCAAAUGUUAUUAGGGUUACUUCCGCCCAAGGAGAUCCUCCAAUGAGUUAUCCGAAGACACUCUUAUCGAUUGUGUCUUCUGUUGGAGGCCUUGCCCUGUUCUUACUUCUGGCUUCAUCAUUUCUCGCCUCUCGGCCCAGUGAACCUUUUGUUCGUCAGCCUUUUUAUCAAGUGGAUAGUUCAACAAAGUCUAUUUUAGUUCCUGAGAAAGAUAGAGUAGAUACUGGCAGCCAAAACGGUGGCCCUGAUGGUGUGACUACAAGCGAUUUGAACUUAAGAUACCCAGAUUCAUCAGAAUCACAAGAUAAGAAAUCUGGCGUUGAUGAUCAAGGUAGUGGCAAUGAAGGUAAUACCGAGAGUAACCAAUCUUUAGAGCCCAAGGAUGAACUUCCUGGCUCAGAAAGAAAUGUAGUUCAAUCAGUGAAUAAUAGUGCAACACAAGGGAGCAUACACACAGAUUAUACUAGUUUCAAGAAAGGAAAGACGAAUAGAACUCUUCCUGCACCCGACACCAAUUUGGGUUCUGUUGCAUCUUCGUCUCCUGUAAUCGAAGCCAAGCCAGACACAAGUUCUGAAUGUAAUCUUUACCAUGGAAAAUGGAUCUUUGAUUCAACUGGACCAUUGUACACAAACAACUCCUGCCCUGUCAUAACACAGAUGCAGAAUUGCCAGGGAAAUGGAAGGCCAGAUAAAGAUUAUGAGAACUGGCGUUGGAAACCUGAUCAAUGUUACCUUCCUCGGUUCAGUCCAAAGGAAUUCUUGGAAUUAAUGAGAGGGAAAACUUUAGCAUUCAUCGGUGAUUCAGUUGCUCGCAACCAGAUGGAAUCAUUACUGUGUAUACUUUGGCAGUUUGAGGCUCCAAAGAACCGUGGGAACAAAAGAAUGCAACGUUAUUAUUUCAGAUCAACUUCCACCAUGAUAGUUCGAAUUUGGUCAUCUUGGCUGGUCAACCAGACAUCUGAGCCGUUCGAUUAUGCACCAAAAGGGGUGGCAAAACUCCACCUCGACGUCCCGGAUGACGGCUUCAUGGAAUUCGUCCCCCAAUUUGACGUUAUCGUCCUCUCCUCCGGCCACUGGUUUGCCAAGCAAUCGGUUUACAUCCUGGAAAACGAGAUUGUCGGGGGACAACUCUGGUGGCCCAACAAAUCCAAACCGAUGAAAGUCAACAACAUUGAAGCAUUCGGAAUAUCCGUUGAAACAAUCCUCACCGCAUUGGUCAAACAUCCAAAGUACAAUGGUCUCACCAUCGUGCGGUCCUUCUCGCCCGACCACUACGAGGGCGGGGCCUGGAACACAGGAGGAUCGUGCACCGGAAAGACUGCUCCGGCGGCUGAUAGCGAGCUUGUUGAGAAUGGGUUCACUAACAUCAUGCAUGAAAAACAAUCCACCGCGUUUUCGCGCUCCGUGGGGAAGAGAACUAACAAAUCUGCUUUGAAGUUUAUGGACAUUACACGCGUAUUUGAGUAUCGUCGUGACGGACAUCCCGGGCCCUACAGAAGCCCAGACCCGAAUAAAAUCACAAAAAGAGGGCCCGACGGUCGGCCCCCACCACAGGAUUGCUUGCAUUGGUGUAUGCCCGGUCCAGUCGACACGUGGAACGAGAUGGUAUUUGAACUGAUAAGAAGAGAGUUCAGAGACAAACAGGUACUUGGCUAAUGACAUUGUGAAGGGUUUUGUAUGAUAUUAAACCAUUGCCCUUAGUUGGCCAUAUUCUUUACCCACAGAUAUAUGUUUUUUCCACAUUUGGUCAUGAAAUAAGAGCACACACCAUUCUUUAGUUAGUUGUACAUUUGACUUUUACUUUGUACUGCAAUGGUUGGGGUUACGCUAGGAUUCUUGGAAUUGAAAUUUUUACUAUGUGUUUUGUAGAGAUUUACAGAGCUUCUUCUGUAGUGGGCUGUUUACCGUAAGCUUUUCUAGCUUCUUAUUUCUCAGUUUUGUUUUAAAGAUUAAAUUUUUAUUGCUGGAGUUUUGAUCUUGAAGAUUAGGGUUUUAAUCUUCAUAAAGUUAUACUCCGUAAUAAGGGUUUAAAGAAGAGACAAUUUGGGUAUAUAUUAAUGGAGGAGAAAGGGGUAAAUAGUUCAGGCGACACAGUGAAAGGAGAUGAAGGUUAUCAGAUGGUGGGUCCGAGGAGCGAAAACCAUGGGAGCCAGCUAAUGACUGGAUCGACGCCGACGCCGUCGAGCAGUGCGGCGGCGGUGGCGCCACCCCCUCCUCAAGCGGAAAUGAUGAUGAUGAAGAAAAAGAAGGGAAGACCCAGGAAGGACGCAACACUGUCCAUGGCCCUCUCCCCAAUGCCCAUUUCUGCUUCGAUUCCUCUUUCUGGCGAUUAUUCUGCUUGGAAACAGAGUACUAAUCGCCCCACUGGUUACUCAAAGAAGAAACAUAAGCUGGAAUUUGAAAACCCAG